GGGGGCCUCCGGACCGCUCCGGCUUUUCCCUUUCUUUCCUACCCCGCGUAAAGAUGUUCUCCCUGAAACGUCUCACCCCUCUGGAACUUCAUUCCCCGAGAUUCCUCCUCGCGAGUGCCCCCGUUUCUCCCCUUUUUCGAAACUGGAAAAACCGGGAAAAAAGCGAGCCACGACUGGGAAUUUAUUCCCCGUAAAAAUCUUAGGAUUUCCCGAAAAUACCGACUCCCUAAAUUCUCAGCCGCUGUCCUUCGUUUUCGGGAGGGCUCUUGGUGCGAACGGACGCGGAAUUCGGGGGAAGGCCGGGUUCUUUUGGAUCGCGGCCGGCCCUGGCGUCGCCGACUCUCCGGAGAAUCUCGCGCGAGGGCGCGUCGGUGGCGAUGGCGUUGCGGCGGCGGCGGCGGCGGCGGCGGUGGUGGGGCUAACCCCAGGAUUCCGUGCAGGGCGCCGUUCACCGCGUAGCGCAGCCGGCGGGAGAGGCGAAAGGCGCGCGGGAGAAGUGGAAAACCGGGAAGAGAGAGCCGAGAGCGAAGAAUCGGGGUCCACAACAAAAUCGCUUAAUCGCUUUGCGCCACCGUCCGCAACGCGACGUAACGCAGGGACGCGCCACAGCGGGCCACGCCACGGUCGCCCUCGUGUCUCGUCGGAAAGCCCUCGGUGCCGCGGGACGUUUUGACGACCGAACGGCGGAGGCAUGGCCGGGCAGCAUUACUGCCUGCGAUGGAACAACUACCAGUCGAACAUGACGUCCGUGUUCCAUCAGCUCCUGCAGACGGAGGCCUUCGUGGACGUCACCCUCGCCUGCAACGAGGCCUCUCUCAAGGCGCACAAGGUGGUGUUGUCGGCGUGCAGUUCCUACUUCCAGAAGCUUCUGCUCUCGAACCCCUGCAAGCACCCGACCAUCAUAAUGCCUCAAGACGUGUGCUUCAACGAUCUGAAGUUCAUCAUCGAGUUCGUCUACCGAGGUGAAAUCGACGUCUCCCAGGCGGAGCUGCAGUCCCUCCUGAAGACGGCCGACCAGCUCAAGAUCAAGGGCCUCUGCGAGGUGCCCGAGAGCAAGGAGGGCCCGCCCUCGGUCAGCCUCGGCUCGCCCUCCAGGGAUCCCGGCACGCCCCGGCUCAACUACACCAAGCUGAAGAGGCACCACUCCAGGUCGAAGAGGGCCCGCUUCGAGGCGAGACCGGACCCCGGCCCGGAGGGUAGGAGGUACAAGGAGGAAGACGGGGACCCCCUCGAGGAGCGGUACUCGCGCGACGACAAGGAGAACAUCCGGGACUGGCAGACGGAAGAUGAGGACUGCCCGGAGACCGCAGUAGUCCUGGAGUCCUGCCAGCGAGACGGUGACAACGGCACCGGAGCGAACGACGACAACGGCGAAAUGUUCUGUCACACAGGACUGGGGCACUACGGUCAUCACCCGGACCCGGCGGAGGUCGACCUGCCGCCCGAGACCCAGCCCACUCCGCCCAGCGCCACCCUCGUCGGCACCACCGUCACCCACCUGAGGGACUCCGACCACCACUCCGCCGACAUCCAGACUUGCGACAGCGUGAAGAUCAAGUUCGAGACGCUGCACACGAUGGACUCCUCCGACACGAUCGACAUCGACAGCCACAUGUCGGAUCGGGCGAGCGUCAGCUCGAAGAACGCCGCGGACAACGACAACAUGAUGAUGAUCACCCCCGAGCUCCUCGGCCUGAUGCCGUCCGGAAGCUCCGUGCACUCCGACUCGGGGGACAACCUCAGGAGCCACUCGGGCCAGUCCGGGUCGCACCACCACGGCUCCAAGUCCUGGACCCAGGAGGACAUGGACGCCGCCCUGGAAGCCCUCAGGAACCACGACAUGAGUCUGACCAAGGCGUCGGCGACCUUCGGCAUCCCUUCCACCACCCUGUGGCAGAGGGCGCAUAGAUUGGGCAUCGACACCCCGAAGAAGGACGGCCCGACCAAGUCCUGGAGCGACGAGAGCCUGAAUAACGCCCUGGAGGCCCUACGGACGGGCACGAUAUCCGCGAACAAGGCGUCCAAGGCGUUCGGGAUCCCCUCCAGCACGUUGUACAAAAUCGCGAGGAGGGAAGGGAUCAGGUUAGCCGCCCCCUUCAACGCGAGUCCCACGACCUGGUCUCCGGCCGACCUCGACAGGGCCUUGGAGGCCAUCCGUUCGGGCCAGACCUCGGUCCAGAGGGCGUCCACCGAAUUCGGCAUCCCCACCGGCACCCUCUACGGCAGGUGCAAGAGGGAAGGCAUCGAGCUCAGUAGAAGCAAUCCGACGCCCUGGAGCGAGGACGCCAUGACGGAGGCCCUCGAGGCCGUCAGGCUGGGCCAUAUGAGCAUCAAUCAGGCCGCCAUUCACUACAACCUACCAUAUUCCUCGCUCUAUGGGAGAUUCAAGAGAGGGAAGUACGAGGAGCCCGUCGUCAGCGAGAUGUCCCAGGACGGAACCAAUCCUCACUUCCAUCAGAGUCCUAAUCAAAACCACUCGUCCUCCCUCCCCGACCAAAUGCCUUACCAGGGCAGCUGAAACUUACCCCUUUAUUAGGCCAGUAGUUU